AUGGAGUUACAUAGAGAGGGAAACACGUCGAACGAAAAAAAAGAGAGUUUGUGUGUCAACGCGAUUGAGAAGAAACAAGAAAAUAACGAAAUAACCGAUGGAGUGAGACUUGGAAGUGCCGUGUCUGGUGUCGAGGAACCGUUAGCGUGUCUUCCUCAGGCUGCUUCGUCUUCCCAACGUGCUGGCACUCGUGCGGGUUCAAUUUUGGAUGUUGACGGGGUGAUUCAUUCCAUUCAUGGUUUGCUCUCGUCUCUCCUUCAAUUCCUCUCUCCCAGAACCUACCUAGAUGACGUCGAAUUCAAUUUAAUUGUUCCUCGGGAGAAUAUCACGAUUAGGGUCGCCAUUCUUUUUUUCCGCUCAACAACUAUCCCUUUUCGAGGUAUAUCGUGGGUCUUGACACCAGUGAAACCCAACAGAUCCUGGUCCCAAUCGCUCCUUUUAUAG